GGCUGAAUAACUAACGAAUAACUGGAAUCAUGAGACACCAAUACAAACUAAGCCAGGGAAUAAUUUCAUCUAUUUCUUUUUCGGCUUUUUUUAUUUCUCUCCUUCCCCUCUUUCUUCUUUUUCUUCUUCUUUUGUCUUAUCACACUAGCAACAUUUCAAUAGACAAAUGCUUUUUAUAUCAGACGAAUUAAAGCACACCGUUCUGAAAAAAUACAAAUGGAGUUCAGUGUUUUUAUUACUGGCAUCAAUACAAGCCAUCUGCUCCUUGGCUUUGCUUAUACCCACCCUCAUCCAUGUUCGAAAAAUAUACUAUGCAUCGAAAACAGAGGGAGCAGAGACAGACGAGAAAAAUUUAGAACUGUUCGAUAAAGCUUUUAAAAUAUCGGGUGAAUAUGUCAUGUUUCUUGCGUUUGAAGUUUGGAGGGUGUGGUUGGCCAUUGAUGGUGUCGUUCAUUUGAACUCUAAAACUAUUUGGGCGUCAGCAUCAUCAACAGUUCUUUCCUUCAUUUUCAGUGUUCUAAUGAUUGCAGAAACAGUAAAAUGGAAGAAUAAGAAUGAUGGAUAUAUCAUGUUUGGUGACCUUGCGACAAUCAAUCAGUCUCUCCUCAUUGUGCUUAGCAUCAUAGUUUUUCUAAUUACACCUAUGACAUUGUUCGCAGCCAAGAAAGCAACAAAAGACAUCGGCUGGGAUGUUUAUAAAAAAAUUGGUUGUAGUACAGAGAUUCAGAAAAUGUACAUUAAGGUUCAAUGGUUUUCACUCAUGUUGAAGAUCAACAUCUAUUUUGAGUUUACGUCGUACGCACUUUACUUUAUCAUGCUUGCAAGUUUUUCUUAUAACUGGGAACAAGGUAGUCCGACAAUACCGGUCUUGGGUGUGUCACUGGCUGUCCUUGUUUUGAUCCUUCCGUCCUUGGUCAUGUCACGAUAUGCUAUUUCGAGAGAGAGCAAUUUACUGAUGACGUCCUUUAUCGUCUUUCAAUUUGUGUUUAUCGGAAGUACAGUCUAUGUAAUGUAUUAUAAGAAGGGAUUCUUAACGGAUUGGUAUGCGUUCGCUGGUUAUUGUGUUUGUACUCUUGUGGCCGCAAUUGUUACAAUUAUAUUAUCCAUUGUGUGCCAACUAAACUUUAAUAAGGGACUGAAAGAUUUCGUUCGCUGGAAAUUGUUUUCUAAAACGGUUCCAAGAAGACAAUCUGCGGCUUAUAUGAGCCAAGCCAGUACGUUUUACGGAUUAGAAGGUCAACGGGUCGAUAUGCCAAUAGAUGAUUAAGAUCAAGGGUAUUUAUAAAAAACAAAACUUGGUGCGACCCAUGUUAAGCCCUGAGGCUGAUCAUUGCUUUUUUAGGAAAUCGCCCCCUGUGUACUCUUUCUUUCUUUUUUUUUCUCUCUCUCUCUUUUUCUAAUAAUAAAUCACAUAAUUGAUGGUAAUGAA